UUUAACUUAACACUGGAAGCAACAGAUGAAAGCAAACUCUGCCCCGGACUCUGCAAAAACGUAUUUGCUUUUCCUCGGUGAUUCUCUCUUCCUAACAUGGAAGCAAGCUGCCUCGUUCUCCUGCUUAGAACAUGUAUCCAGAUCUUUCUUCUCCCCAUUUACCUGCUGUGGUACGUGGGGAUAUGGGGCUCUCUAUGCCAGAGGGCCUUCCCAUAUUUCAUGGCCGUGAUAUCAGUCCAUUACAACAAGAAGAUGAAUGCCAAGAAGAAGGAACUUCUCAGCAACCUGAAAGAUUUUGCAAGCCCUGCAGGCGAGCUGACCCUACUGGAGAUUGGCACAGGAACUGGGACCAACUUCCAGUACUACCCAAGAGGAUGCAGAGUGAUAUGCACUGAUCCCAACCCCAACUUCAAGAAAUUUCUUGAAAAGAAUCUGUCUGAGAAUCCACACGUAAAGCUGGAGCGUUGCUUGGUGGCACCAGCGGAGGACUUGCACCAAAUACCAGAUGCAUCAGUCGAUGUGGUAGUUAGCACUCUGGUAUUAUGCUCUGUGAAAAGCACAGAAAGAGUCCUGGAAGAAGUCUUGCGAGUGCUGAGACCAGGAGGUGCUUUCUACUUCAUGGAACAUGUUGCAGGAGCUCCAGGCAGUUGGAGUCUCUUCUGGCAGCAAAUCUAUGCACCAGCGUUUACCAUAUUGUUUGAUGGGUGCCAUUUGACCAGAGAAACCUGGAAAGGCCUGGAAAAAGCUGGAUUCUCAGAGCUGAAGCUACGACAUAUAGAUGCCCCAUUGAAGUGGAAUCCUGCUAAGCCUCAUGUCAUAGGCUAUGCUGUCAAGUAACUAUAUAUUAAAGGCAAUUAAACAAGUUUUCAAACACCAAUGUAUGAAGGUGAUUGUAUAUCUUUGCGGCUGGAAUUGGACAUAGAGGCAAAAGGGCUGAAAGCUGCAACUGAAACAACCUGAAACAACUUGGGGCUCAAUAACACAUCAAAAUACUACCGGGUUUGCAUCGGGAUUAGCAUGCUUGAAAUCCAUUUAACAAUUACACAAAGUACAGCUAAGCGUACUUUUUUUUGCCAGAGAGUGUGGCUUUUGUUCAGAAAGCAAAGUAUUUUAAACAGCCAGGAGGGGGAUGUUUAUUUUAACUCAUUUGUGAACACAUUUUAUUUUGAAUUGCUUUUUGGCACAUGUGCUUGCCUGUGUAGGACUAAAUUGUAUCUGUGGGGUUUGUCAAGUAUUGGAUGUCAGGAUCAUGUUUUUCAGACUGCAUGGUCACCUUGCAGUCUGAUCUGUUAUAUAUAUACUUUCUAUAUAGAACUCUGAUCUAGUGCUAUUCCAGUUAAAAAUUGUUUUAAAAACCCCAAGCACUUGACUGCUGGAGAGCUCCAUGAAAACAGGAACGCCCUUCUGUGGCAGGCUAGCAAAAAACGAAGAGGAGAGGUAGAGAGAAAUGCUAGAGAAGGAAAUAGGAGGCUCCAAGAGGCAAGUCAGGAAGCAGACCCCACAAAGCUCCAAAGGGACUGAUCCAUUCUUCUUUGCAAGCCACAGUGGCAAAAAUUAUGCAGUAUGUGCGUGUGCAUCCAUGUGUAAGUCUAAUGGUGGCAUCAGUUGAGUGGGGUUUCCUCUUCAGAUGUAGCUGACAACUACUUGAAGAAUCAAGUGCCUGUGCUUUUUAAAAUUCUUAUUAUGAAAUUUCCCUCCCACACACCCCAAUAUUAUCUCUCUACUCCGUUCUUGUGAAAAGGGUUUGGGAAGGAGCCAACCUAAUGAUCUCAGCCAAGCAAAGUGGAACGAUUGCCAGAUGAUCAUUCUCCCUCCCUCCCUGGAAACCUUCUUCAGACGUCUUUACAGAGUGAAGGGAGGGAAAACAAAGCAUUCCCCAGCUUUCAGAUAUUUGUAUCUCCCUCUACACACACACGCACGCACGCACGCACGCAUGCACGCACACACACAGAGCACCAAAUUGCCAUAUUGCUUCUAAAUGCUGUAAUUUGAAAUUCCAUGUAGUUCUCUGGACCGAUAUACAGAAUCAGACAUCAAAUUCUCCCAUUAAGAUAGAGGCGGACACAAAGACCAUGUAACAAUAAACCAACUUCAAAAUACUUGAA